GAUAUAUUCAGAUAUCUAAGAAAGCUCCAAAAAGGCUCAGGACUUCUGGUCAACUUUGCUUGUGAUAUACUUAACCCAAAACAUAAUCUCAAAUAGCUAAAGAUCCCUAUCAAAUCCUCUAAUCAAGAAUUGCUUACAACCUACUUGGAGAAAAAGCUAGUAAUAACUUUUUGCUACCUCAGAUGAUUCACAAGUCAUAAUUAGAUAAAAGGUUGUGACAAAUUUUGAUUUUCUUAAUUAUGGGUAAAGGAGGAGGCUGUAUGCCAAGCAAGAAGAAGUUUCCUAUAAAUGAAUCAGCAGAGAGACCAGUAAGUCAAACUGAAGGAACUGAUGUAACAGGCUCAGAAAUAGAGGGGUCCAAGAAAUUGAGAAUAUUUAUUGUGUUUUAUUCAAUGUAUGGACAUAUUGAAAGCUUGGCAAAGAGAAUGAAAAAAGGGGUUGAUGGAAUUGAAGGUGUUGAAGGGGUUCUUUAUAGGGUUCCUGAAACAUUGACAACAGAUGUUUUGGAAAAAAUGAAAGUCCCACAAAAAGAUGAUGAGAUUCCAGUGAUAUCUGUGGAUGAGCUAGUUGAGGCUGAUGGAUUCUUGUUUGGAUUUCCUACAAGAUAUGGAUGUAUGGCAGCUCAAAUGAAGGCAUUUUUCGACUCCACUGGACCAUUGUGGAGACCACAGAAACUUGCUGGAGUGCCUGCAGGUUUCUUUGUGAGUACUGGUACACAAGGAGGUGGGCAAGAGACCACUGCCUGGACAGCAAUCACUCAAUUAGCUCACCAUGGUAUGGUCUAUGUUCCAAUAGGAUACACAUUUGGAGCAGGGAUGUUUAGAAUGGAUUCAAUAAGAGGAGGUUCUCCAUAUGGAGCUGGAACUUUCUCAGGAGAUGGUAGCAGGGAACCUAGUGAACAAGAGUUGGCGCUGGCCGAGCACCAGGGCAAGUUCAUGGCAAUGACAGUUAAGAAAAUGGCUCGACACCAUUCAUUACCACCAGAUAAUCCCAGCUGCUGACGCUUUUAGAAACGGGAAAAGGUCCAAAUUUACCCCUUUACUAUAUUAUAAUAUCUUAAUUUUACCUUCGGUGAAAGCCAUUCAUAACCCUUGUCAUUAGCAUAAUGUUUCAUAUUUGCCCUUGCUUCUAAUAGAGCUCCAACAUAGACGGUGACUUUCACGCUUCAAAUUUACCUUAUGUUAUACUUCAGGUUGGAGUUGUUAACAGUCAAGGGCAAAUGCGAGACGAUUUGGUAACGACGAGGAUAUGAAUGGCUCCAAAGUAUAACAUAGGAUAUAAUUAAGAUAUUCUAUAUAGUAGAGGGGAAUUCUUUAUCCUUUUCCCUUUAGAAACACCCUACAUGCAAUAUUUGUACAUUCCUUAAAAACACUUUCUACACUGUAUGUAUCAAAAUCUGUGUGUCUCUGGAAAGUAGUGUCGUUUCAUUUAUUUGUAUUUGAUCUUUAGAUCCUACAAUGGGAUUGGAGGUGGGGAGGAUGGGAGUUGAUGUACUAUAAAUGCUGAAUUAUGGUUUGUGAUCCAUUUGUUAA